UACAUCUGGAAAGCAUCUAUUGGACAGAGCUUCUGUGAGGCACAGGCCACUUGUGCGCUGGUAUUUGGAGUGGCGUUGGCCCCAAUAGACACGCCGGAGAACCUGAAUUUCUUGAUGGCAGCCGUCAAUGAUGAAUCGAACUCUGCUAUACCGCAUUUCUGGGUGAACGUGCGAUACAUCGACGGUGCUUGGGUUCGCAUGCCCAGUAAGACUCCCGUGCCCGCUGACAUGUGGGACGGUAGUCCCAGUGACACCUCCUCGUGCGUGGUCAUCCUGAAGUCCGGAAAACUCACGACGGUUCCGUGUAGCAUUAAACUUAUCUACAUGUGCAUCGACGCCACUAAGACCUUCAAGCCGUGUGAAUAGUAGCGCUGUGAAUAAGACACCGAAUCAUGUUAGAGAUAAAUGACGCUAAACACGUAAAUUAAACAGCUUUUAAAAAUGUUCGUUAUUGUUAGUUGUACGGGAUGGCACUGGGAAAAACCCUGUCAAAAUUGAGAGAUUUGAUAGUAAGAAUAUUUUCAGGAUAAAAUUAUUUUUAUUCAAAUUAAUCGAGCAUGGUUGAAAAUUUUUUGUAAGUUUUUGUGAGAGAUCCUCAUCUGACUUAAUUGAUAAAAAUACACGCAAGAAUAUUUAGAGUGUAUUUACACAGCAUUGUCCUUUUUCAAGAAAAUUUCAACCGUCAUAAAUUUCUCUUUAUAUUCUUCUUGGAAUCAAAAUAAA